GUGGGCGUGUCUCCCGGGACUCUAAAGCAGGCGAGUACUGGCUGCUCCGGUAGGUUUGGCGUGCGAGCGUUUUAGCAGAUCUGUGACGAGCCUGCACGUUACAUCACUGGUACAUCUCUCUUUGCUUGCUUAAGAUACCACCACUUAAGCCUCCAUUGCAGAAAUCGCCGUAGACUUUUUAAAGGCCGCGGAAUCGGGACGACCUUGGUGACUGAUUUGUACACUCCCGGCAGACCUGCGGGCACGAGUUAGACGCAGACGUGGGUUGUAGGAGAUUGCGUUUUCCUCAGCUUUGCAGCUACUCUUUUGCCCCAUUAGCUCCUCUGAACGGGCCUCCCCAGCCUCAACUGGAAGCUGAGGGGCGAAAAUUCAGGAAAGCAGUUACUCUUUCCUGGUGAGGCUUCCAAAGGAGCAAGAAUAGCGACAAGAUUCUACCUGCAGCCCUAUAGAGAUUGGUCCCUCUUCCUUUCCCCUCACAAUCGUGGCCUGUUAACGUUCCUGUGUUAAGUGCCAGAAUGAGUGACCGCUAUCUAGAACAAAGGAUUAGUAUCAAAUUUUGUGUGAAAUUGAACAAGUCCGCAAGUGAGACCCACCAUCUUUUAAAAGAAGCUUAUGGGGAUGAAGUCAUGUCGAGGGCCAGAGUUUUUGAUUGGCACAAAAGGUUUAAAGAAGGGAGGGAGGAUGUUCGGGAUGAUGCCAGAAGUGGUCGGCCAGUUACCCACCGGACAGAUGAAAAUAUCCAGAAGGUCAAGGACUUAGUUUGUUCAAACAGGCAGUUAACAGUGAGGAUGAUGGCUGAAGAGUUAAAUUUAGAUAAAGAAACGGUUAGACUCAUUCUGAAAGAAAACUUGAACAUGAGGAAGGUUUCUGCAAAAAUUACAUCGGGUGUUUUGAAGGAUGACCCUAAACCUCAAAAACUUGACUUUCGUUCUGAUCUUUCAAAAGAAACUAGGAAAAAUAGCUUGUGUGUGAAGAAAAAGAUAAGUUCUGAAACAUGGAGUCAUCUCCAUUGUGAAGCUGGUGGGGAAAUGCCUCUGCCUGUACCCCAUCCCAGAAUCCACUGUCCUGCUGGGCAGCUUCUGCAGGCAUCAUCUUCAACAAGCCUUCCCACCAGGGCAGCUCAGGACUGGUUCACACCCUGGUGAAAGGACUGUGAGGUAGCUGGACCUGAGCUAGAAAGCUGCUUCACUGUUAGGCACCUUCAUUUGCUGCACAUCUAUUUUCAGUCUUCUCUACCACCACUCCCUCCAUAUCAUGGCUCUCCUAGUUAUUCUUUCCUGGACUGUUGGGCCAUCUCCCUUGCUGUUCUCCACAACUUUGAAGAAGUUUUGGCUGUUGACUUCUGGUUCUUGCUUGUUCUUGAUUUCUUUCGCUUAACAAGUUUGGAUCUCUUCACUACCCUGACAUUUUGUUGUGGCUGUCCUGUUGCUUUGUUCUCAACAUUCUGCCUCAGGGGACCAUACCAGUGAGAGGUGGGAACGGGAUCUCCUGGAGUCUAUAUCUCUGUGCCCAGGGAGGCAUACUCUUCUGGGAGGACCCCAAGGGAAGGCCUCCAGUUCCCGCCUGCUUCACACUCAGGGCCUGAGGUAUAUGCCUAUGAAUGGAAUUGCUGGAUCCUGUAGUAAUUGUCUAACUUAUUGAGGAACCACCAGACUGUUUUCCAGUGACUGCACAAUUUUACGUUUCCUCCAGCAAUGUAUGAAGUGAGGGUUCCAACUUCUCCAGAUUCUCAUCAACACUUGUAUUUUUAUUUUUAAAACUUUUUAAUUAUAUCCAUCCUGGUGUAUAUCUUCUUCGGAGAAAAGUCUAUUCAAGUCCUUUGCCCAUUUUUUAUUUGGAUUGUCUUUUUGUUGUUGAGUGGUAAAGCUGUUUGGGAGAGAAGGCGAGGGAGUAGAAAGCAAGCCGUGGAAGCCUGAACCUGAGAGCCGCUGGUAGGAGCACUUGGCUGAGAAGAUGUGAAAGCCAACAGGCAUUUCUGCACCAUCCAGAAGCAUCCCCAAGCUCGCUUGUGCAGUAGCCAGUGAAGAGGACAUACCAAGUGUCCUGCACAUUGUUUUUGAUUUUCUUCUGGAAGAAGGAGGAAGCCUAGGCCACGACAGGAUUUACCUCCUGCAGGCACCUCUUGCCCAGUGAAUCUUGCAUGGAGCCUGGCCCUGAGUGGGUGCCCUGCAAAGCCCAGGAUCCCUGGGACAGGAAGCAGCAGCAGUUAAACAGUCACACAUCAGUGCUCCAGCAAGUGAAGUGAGAUGCAUCAGCUAAGGAGCAGAUCCAAGACCAGAGGACAUAAAAUUAUCUGGGAGCAGGGCCAGAAAGGUGCUGGACUUGGCUCAAGCACCUUCCCUUCGGGCAAAUCUCUCCUGAUUUCUCCAGACAUGCCUGCUUCCCCAAGACUGAAGAAAGAUGCCAGGGCCACAUAAAAGUGGCGCCUCAUAGAUAACAUGGUUGCCAUUGACAAUUGGCAUCAUGGUGCAGAGGAAAAGCACCGACUGCUGUGCCCUCACACAGACUUGGGUUGGAAUCUCAGCUCCCCUAUUUCGAAGGUAGAUGGCCCUGGGCAAACCACUCCAUCUCUUGGAGCCUCAGAGGUUUGUACCUGCUAUUCUGCCACCAGCUUGAGGGAGAGGACCACUUGGACUACAUUACAGGCUCUUGGGCUCUGGCCGCAAUCUCUUGUACCUGCUUUGUUUGCUGCCAUUUUCUCCCAAUAUACCUCCCACAAUGUAACUGCAUGGGACAAUUCACUAUUUCCCCCUCAAAAUGAUGCUCCCAUGUUUUGUGCCUUUGUACUUCCUGUUAUUUUCCAUCACCCUUGUGGGAAAAUAUCCUCCCCUUAACACACCUUAGAGCUCACCCUUUGUGAAACUUGGAACUUAUAUACUCUUUUCAAGACCCAGCUCAGAUGCUGUUUCUCUUAGAACUUGUCCGGUUCUCCCAAGCAGAGUUAGUCACUCUUGCCAUGUGUGGUGCCUGAAGGGACCCUUGGUAUCCAAGCGCCCAUACAGAAACAGUCAUCCCUUGAUCCAACUACACACCCAAAUCUUUGCGAUUCUCUACCCUCUCACCCUCCCUCCCUCUUUGCAUCAUGAAAUUACCAAGUUAUAUCAAUUCACAGCCCGAAUAUUCUCGAAUCCACUUAUCUCUGAUUCAUUACCAUCACCAUUGGCCAUCAUAUUGCAUCGAGAUUCCUGCAAUAACCUCCUAAAAAAGAAAAGGAGUAAUAUGUACAUGGUUCAAAAGUCAAAUUUUUCUCUAAGGCUUUUAAUAAAUAACAAUAAAUUCCUGUUUCACCUGUUCCCACCUCAAGCCUUGCUCCUCAGAGGCAACUAGCCACUUUCAACUCUUUCAAUUGCUUCUUUUGGUAUUUA